AUGGCUAUAUUGGGAUGUGGGUAUAAUGGUUUCUUUCAAUUAUCACCAAAUUCUGCCAAAUUUUCUGAAUGGAAAGUGAAAGAGUUUAAAUCUAUACAACUUGAUUUAAAGCCCCAAGAAAAGAUUCUGCAAUGUGCUCUCUCUUGGUCUCAAAUUGCUUUUUCUACAGAUCAAAACAGAGUAAUUAUUUGUGGUUUCAACAAUAGUCAGUUGACUAUGGCUGAGUGUCAAGUAUCUGCAUUGUCAUUAGCCAUUGACUCAUUCCAGUUACUAAUAGCCACAAAAGAACAGGAUAUACACCAAUGGAAAAAAAAUGUUUGUCAACAAGUAAUUUGGAAAGAUGUGACAGAAAAAUGUAAAAUUACACAAAUUCAAGCUGGUGAAAUGAACUGUGUUGGCAUAAAAGAAGAUGGAUUUCCUGUUGAAAUUAACCAAUCACAAACAGAUGAAGAUGUAUUUUUUGCAUGUCGACCUUUUCCAUGCAAAACAAAAAUAAAAAGUGUUGCUUGUGGUGUUGAACAUGUUCUGAUGCUGUCUGAGUUUGGAUCUGUUCUUUCCUAUGGGAUUGGGAGUCGUGGCCAGACAGGACUUGGCACAACAGAAAGAAUACAGAAUGCUCCCCAAGUAAUUGAUGCAUUGGAAGGUGUGAAGAUGAUUGGAAUUGCUGCAGGAAAUUGGCAUUCAGCAGCUAUUUCAGAUUUUGGAGAUAUUUAUACAUGGGGUUGGAAUGAAAGUGGCCAACUUGGUUUACCCUGUCCAAAUUUUCCAGAUGCCUGCUCAGUGUCUGCAAAUAAUAAACCAAGCGAUAUAGAGAGAAGGGACUCUGUAUUAAUUCAAGCAUUACCUCAUUUGGUAUUUCUUCCAGGGGAGGAGAAAGGUGCCAUUGCCAUAAAAGUAGCUUGUGGUGCUCGUCAUACAGCUAUCCUCUCAGGAGACCACCAUCUGCUAACAUGUGGUUGGAAUGCCUAUGGUCAGUUAGGACAUGGAGACCUUGUCAGUCGAGACUGUUUGACAUAUGUUAAGCAAAGCUGUCUGUCAUCCUGUGAAGAUUGCAUAAAGGUAUUGGAUGUAUUCUGUGGUGGAUGGAAUACUGUUGUUCUUACAGACAUUUCUGGAUUCUCAUAG